AUGAUUUUAGCAGCAAAAAACGUUUACAAGAAUGCCGCCGGUGGCACAUUAACAGGGAAGAAGCUAAAUAUAGAUUGGAAAACGGAAAAACCCAUUGACAAUUUGGUGCUAAAAAAGUUUGCUUCCAAGUUUCCUGACCUUGAGAUGAAGGUCAACACUAUAAAGCCAUUCUUAUAUAUAAUUCAAUGGGUCACAAUAAGACGCAUAAUAACCAAAAAUUCCAGAAGUGGAGUAUCAAAUAUAAAUUCCAAUAGCCUAAUGGCAUAUGCACGUUUUCAAGCAUAUCACGCACUCAAAACACUCCGCUCACAUGGUCUCAGAGAUAUCAAAUUAUUCGACAUCACAGAAUCAUUAAUCAUCUCACACAUCAAAUAUGCAGCUCUCUCCUAG